CCAACGCCACGGAAUGGUGUGGGUACUCCGCGGUUCUCGAUCAGAGUUGUAUUCCGAAACGUGGUAUCUAUACUCUAUAGACGAGCUGCUCUUCGGUCUCAUUCCGUAUGCAAUGCCUCGAGUGGCUUCUCAAGAAGCACUUGUUUCAUGCUUCCAAACUCCACCAAAUCCACACCCUUCUCAUCACCUCCGGCUUCUUGGCAUUUCCCCUCUUAUCGCAGUCCCAAUCCAGAUGUGGCGGAACCACCACCAACACCACCACCACCACCACCACCACCACCUUCGUCUACAACUGCUUGCUACGAGCCUACCUCCGCAACGGCCAAUCCUCCAGCGCCGCCCUCCACCUGUUCGUCCAAAUGCUCGCACAUGGUCAUCAACCGAACCACCACACUUUCCCUUCCCUCAUCAAGUUCUCCUCCUCCUCCCCCUCCCCCUCAUACGCUGGCUGCGCGCUACACGCUCAGUGCCUCCGCCGCGGCCUAUUGGCUGACAACUUCAUAAGCUGCUCCCUCGUCAAAUACUAUGCCCAAUUGGGCCAUCUUAACGAAGCCCGGAAGUCGUUCGAUGAAAUGCCCCACCCGGAUAUGGCAUGUCAUAAUGCGAUGCUCGAUGCGUUUUGCGCUAACGGCGACAUCAUAUCAGCACGCCGGCUCUUUGAAAGCAUGAGUACUAGGGAUGUCAUUUCUUGGACGAUCAUCAUAAAUGGGCAUUCGAGAAAUAGGUGCUUCCGAGAAGCGAUCGGGUUGUUCAGGAGAUUAAUGCGUGAGAGUCGGCGAUCAGAUAUUGUCACUGCAGUGACACCCAACGAAGCUACGUUGGUUAGCGUCCUCUCAGCAUGUGCUAAUUUACACGGGCCUGAAGGCUUAGCUAUUGGGAUCGAGAUUCACGGCGGCAUCAUUCGACGCGAAGCACAACUUACGGCGUUCUUGGGUACAGCCCUGAUUGACAUGCUGGGAGCUGAAGGGCAGCCGCCUAACCAUAUAACGUUCAUCGCCGUGCUGACAGCAUGUGCUCGGGCGGGGCUGGUGGAGACGGGGUUGAGAUUGUUCGAGAUGAUGGUCAGCAAACAUGGGGUGACCCCACUGAUGGAGCAUUACGGGUGCGUCGUCGACCUUUUAAGCAGGAACGGUCUCCUUAACCAGGCCGUUGAGUUCAUCAAGCGGAUGCCUAUGGCCGCGGAUGCUUCGGUGUGGGGUGCACUCCAAGGGGCCUGCAAGCUGUAUGGUGAUGUGGAGCUCGGGGCCAAGGUGGGACGGAGAUUGAUGGCGCUGCAGCCUGAGAAUGCUGGCCGCUAUAUGAUUCUCAGGAAUAUAUAUGCAGGGGAAGGGAGAUGGAAUCAUGCGGCAGAACUUAGAGAGAUUAUGGAGCAGGCGGGGGUAAAGAAGAUGGUAGGCCAAAGUUGUGUGGGAUCUCCUGCUGAUUCUGCUGUUGUCUGAAUUGCUUACGUAGAUUUCGAUGGAGGGAGUAAAAUGAGCAAAACGAGAUGGCAGAAGUUGAUAUUUACUACAAAGCUCUUUUGAACUUUAGAACUUUCCUAAAUAGCUGCAUAAACUUUUAAUUUUGAAAUUAAAUGCUUAUACUUUAUCAAACAA